UUGGCUGGCUCCCUCAUUGCCGGUUCCUCUAGGUUCCCUCCGGAGUUUUAAGGUCUGCGGGGCGAAUGUGCCUCCCGCCCCCCGACACCUGCCAAGAUGGCGGCUCCCGAGGAUGGGGGAGGAGAGAUCGCGGCGCCGCCACCCCCUGCUGAGGAAGAGCCCCCCGGACCGGCCGCUGCCCGCGGGGCUCUCCUCAGCGCGGCGGCUGGGGAGGGCGUUGGGCUGCUGGGGCCUGACCAUCCCCCGGGGGCGGCCGUGGCCAGGGGUGACUUGCUGUGUCCGGUGGAGGGUGGGGGCCUGCUGGGCGCCCUGGAGCCUAGAUUCCCCGCUGAGGAGGGAUCGCAAGCGCUGGCGGUGAUCGAGGAGUUGUCGCAGAGCCUGGCGGCCAGUCCCUCUGCCAUCUGCACCACCCUCUUCCUGCAGCCAGCGGGGAGCCUGGUGCAGGGGGCUGAGCUGAGCGCCGAGGAGCAGCUGGUGGCAGCGACCGACAACCAGGCCGUUGAGCUGAUGGGGAAUUUGCCUGCGGAGAAGAGUCAGGCCGAGCUUCCCGGCCAGCAGGCCCCAGCGACGCUCCUGGCGCCAGAGGAGCUCCAGAGGGUCAUCGAACAAGUGAGCAGGACCCAGAAGCAGCCACCACCCCCUCUUCCCUCCUCUGGAGCUGGCACUGGGUCCUCAGUGAUGUUGUCUUCUCCCAGAGGUGGGGGAUACCCCCUACCCCAGGAGACUAGCUUCAGGCCCCCAGCAUCAGGGAUGAGUGGAACCCCACAGGGCUCUAGCCUGACUGCUGCCACGGAGUCUCAGCUGGUAACGAGUAUCAUGCACAAUGCAGCACAGCAGUUGCAGAAUGUGGCCCAGCAGGUUGCCCUUCAGGAGGGCAAAGCUAUCGGUACCACCAGGUGCCUUGUACACAAGCAAUUAGAAGCCAUUUGUGUACAAAUGCAGCCGGGGCAGAUGAAGGAAAACGAAAAACCAGUACCACCUCUUGCAGCAGUCCAAUCCAAAGUUACUACACUGAGUCAGCCAGCUGGUAGGAAUUCUGGCCUGUCCAGACUUAAUAUUAUUAAUCCACAGAUUAUUAGGGUACAGCCUGUUACAGGAACUGAGCAGCAACAGUUUUUCUUGCAUAGUUCUUCUGAGUCGCCAGUUCAGCUACUUGUGCAGAGACCUUUAGCCCCUCGUGGACCAGUGUCAGUGAAUAAGAUUCCCACACGCCAGACAUUGAACGGACAGAAGACUCCACGUGCCACGCUGUCUGCUACAGAAUCUCAAAAUGUUACUUUGGUGGCAGCCAGUUCAGCAAAUACUCUUAUAUCGAGCCUUGAGAAAAAGCAAAAAGAACUAAAGCUAAAAAAAUCUUUGAAAGUGAAGACUCGUUCUGGACGGAUUUCACGACCUCCAAAAUAUAAAGCAAGAGAUUAUAAAUUUAUUAAAACAGAGGAUUUAGCUGAUGGGCAUCAAUCUGAUUCUGAUGACUAUUCUGAACUAAGCAUAGAAGAUGAUGACGAGGGGAAAGAGAAGGCCACAGAUACAUUAUUCAGUCCUUUGAAUUAUAACCUGAAGCCCAAAAUGUUCAAAUGUCAGACUUGUGAAAAAUCCUACAUAGGAAAAGGAGGAUUAGCGCGGCACUAUAAACUUAAUCCAGUUCAUGGACAACUGGAGUCUUCACAGCAAAAAGCAUCUAUGAAUAAAACUAAUAAAAGUGUGUUUCUGGAUAUUUUUGGAGGAGCAGGUGAUGGAACUGAGAGUUUGGCACAUUUGCAACCUGAUGUUGUCACUUUAAAUAAUGAAAAAUCACUAGCUGUCGGUUUGGAAGAAACUGCUUCUUCACAAAAUGAGCAACAGACUGGUGAAUCUGCAGAAGGCAGAAACUUGUUGGCUGCACAACAAAGUGACACUAGUUUAGAAUAUCGUGGACCUGGAAUGCCAAAUGGAUCUGGAAGACCAAAAAGACGUAAAAGACGUGGCCGACCAAGGAUGGCUGGAAGAUCAGUGUGUUCGGGAAGACUUAGUAGACCUGUUCAGUCCCCUUCAAUGUCUCUUAGUAACGUGUCAACAGAACACAUCAUAUUUAGAAGGAAAACUAGACUAAAAGAGCUAAUCCAACAAUGUGACAAUGAAGACUUAAUGGAACUGGCUCUUCCCCGCCUGACGAAGCUUGUUACUGUAUAUGAAUUUCUACUGAUGAAGGUUGAAAAAGGUUCCCCAGGAAAGGCCUUUUUUCCGGAUGUUUAUAGAGAAUUUGAAGAGUUACAUAAUAUGGUAAAGAAAAUGUCUCAAGACCAUUUCAAUAAUUCUGAUUUUCUGAGUUAUCAGCAGCCUGUGGAAAUAAAAGAUCCGAAGGUUGCUGAAUCUCUAGGAAUUACAGAGACGCUUCUUGGAAAACAAAUGAUACAAGCUGCAGACUCUUCAACACAAUGUGUAACUAAAACAGUGGAUGAGCAGAUGUUCACAGAGAUAACAAGAAAGCGAGCAAAUAAGAAUUUAGACGAAGAACUGUUGCCAUCAGCUAAAAGGGCCAGUAUAGAAGGCAUAUUGGAGAACGUGAAAGAUGUUUUUGCCAGUCAAAAUGCAAUAGAGGAAAAGAGCUGGAGCUUAUCUACACUGACUACAAAGGAUGGUUUUAAUCCACUAAAUGGGGUGGCUGUAUUCUCUGAAGAUAGAGGUGGUAUUCCUUGCAUAACUGGAAGUGCAAAGCAUACUGGGGAGCAACAUAAAUCACUUUAUUUAGAAUCUAGAGCUAACUCUGUAAAUUCAGACAUCUUUCAGUCCAUGAAAAUGAGAAUGGAAUGCUCUCAACCUGUAAAUAUACGGGGACAAGAUAGCAUAGUUAACACAUUUCCACCAUGUACUGAAGCACUGCUGCAUGUUGAGGUAGGUAGCUCACCAGAAUUGAUUCAAGCUCACUUUGUAAAUGAGACUGCAGAAGAUAGACUUACAAAUUCUGAACUUUGUAAUUGUUUGGUAUCAGAAGAUGAUAUUAAUAAUCAGAGUACCAAUUUUUCAAUGAAUGAAGAAAUUCACCACAAUGGAAAAUAUCAGAAACUUCAGCAAGAUGAAGAAAACCAGAACUACGCUAUUACCAGUGAACAGUCUGAACAACUUGAUGAUGCUGAUAUUGCUGAUCAAAUGCAGCAGCUUGAAAAAGUACUUUCAACAAGCAUUGUGCCAGUAGACCAUUCACACGAGACUCAACUUGACCCACAUCAGAAUCCAGAAACCUCCAUACCCACUCAAGAAACUCUUGAAAGUCCAAUUAAAAACUUGAAUGAAUUCUCACGUUGUUCUGCUAGUCCACAAGCUGGACAACAUGAGCCAGAGAAUGCAGUUACUGUAGAUGAAACUGUAGCCUUUGAGAUUGCUGAUGAGAACCAUGAAUUCUUAUCUCAGGGACACGAACAGAUUUUUAUUCAGACUGCAGAUGGACUUAUUCUGUCUCAUCCAGGUACUGCUGUUCUAUCUCAAGCUGAAGGCAUUGUGAUUGUAACUAAUGCUGAUGGUACUACAAUGCACAUUCGCACAUCAGAGGGGGUUCCUUUGGAAACUGUGGAAGCACUCCUGGCAAUGGAAGCAGAUGGCCAAAGUGAAGAUAUUUUGCUCUCUCAAAGUGAAAUAGAGCCAUAAAUAUAAAAAACUUGUUUUAUUUAUAGAUGCUUUCUUCUGGAAAGGACUGAUUAAAUAUAUAUUUUUCUAAUGUGAAUACUGAAGUUAACUUAUUUGUAAACAUUUCUAUGACCCGUACUUUUUUAUAAUUUGUUUAUAUUAACAAUAUUGCAACCAAAAAGUCUAAGGAAUAACUCGUGAUUCAACUUGUGCUCUUAAUUGCCUGUGUGAGGGGGGGAUGUCAGCCCUAGUUAUGAUGCACCUUUGUUGCAUAUUAGUUUUACUCUUUGGCUAAACAGAAAUGCAAUAAAAUGUGUUGCACUGCCUAUCAGUGAUAUGCUGUAUAUGGGCAAAAUAAAAACAUUAAAAGGAGCUGUACUUUCUAGAUACUAGAAGUUUUACCCUAUUGGUAUUAGUGUAUUUUUAUUUUUAUUACCUUAUUUUAUUAGUGGAUAGGUCUUGUGUCACAAACAUAACUGGAAAAAUAAGGUAUCAACACUUCUGUAUUCCAAGUAAACUUUCAUUUUUGAAAAAUGAUACUCUGGCAAAUGGUUAGCAUAGCUCCUGUCUAUUCUUCUUCUGUAAGGUGGCAGAUAAAGAUAGCAGUACUGUAAAAUCCCACAGCAUUAUCUGAUUCCUAUUUAACAAUCUGAAGAGCAUUUGAUCAGGCUUCUUUAACAUACAAGGUAAAGUCAAAUAGUGUUGAUGCUGUGGUGGAUGACCACCACCUGGCUAUAGACACUCAUACUCAUCCUGAUUAGAAUAACUGAUAGUGUUGAUAACCCAAGUAGGCCUGUCUGCUCUAAAAAGCUGCAACUGGUGACAACUAUCCAUAAAUGGCUAAUGCCCAUCCUCCUCUUUUUUCUCCCUGACCUCAGAAGGUCACAAUGGGUAGUUGUUCCUUCACUUCUAAUGCCUGCAAGACUCUAUCCUCCCCAAAUUCUCAGCAGCUGUAUGAGAGGGGGGUGAGAAUUACAAAAACAGGUAAGUACCUACCCUAUGCAGCUGUCCUCCCCUGCAGUCCAGUGUAAACAGCACUAUGUCUUAAGUGAUUUUGCUACCUAUGUAUUCAGAUAGCUAAAGUUGAAUCCAGUCAAUAGAAGAGGAUCAAGCUAAGACAGACUACAGGAAGAGGGAAGUGCUCUGAGAUACUUGUCUCUUCUAUAGCAUCAUUCAGAAUGUUGAAUUAGCUGCAGUUUUGGAUGCCUAAGUAUCCUCUGUGUCCACUUCAGUUAUGGCUGACCAGAGCCUAUCAGACAUAGGCCUAGAUACCAAUCAUGUAUUUGUGAUCUGAAGUUUGAUUCUUGCAAGUUAAGAUGGAAACAUACUUCGAAGAAGUCCCCACUGCUACUAAAUGCAAUAUUCAAUUAACCUAGAUGACCAUGAAAACUUCUUCCCCCUGCUGUGCUCUACUUUGACUCCCCUUUGAAAAGCAUCUAGUUUAAAGACUUUGGCUAUGUCUACACUGGCAUGAUCUUGCGGAAGAGUUCUUGUACAAAAACUC